AUGGCCGCGGCCUGCCUGCUGAGGCUUUUGAUAUUGCUGGCUCUUGCCCAGGCGAACGACUUGCCCUCUUCUUUGGUUGUGCACGGUCGGCGGGGGCGCAAUAGCAACAUCAACGGUGUGUACAUACGGGACUACGCAUGGCGCCACGGUCUCUGCUGGAGACGUGCCGGUCAUCCCGGCAGCGUGGGGCAGGUUUUCCUCUACUUCGAGGGAGAGUGGCGCAUGGGCCCAUCACCGGAGGAUGGUAGCGUUUGGGCGUUCGCCCGCAGCUCUUCCUCCUCGCCUUUGCUCAUUGACCAGCCGUGGCAGGUGUGGGAUGGUCAUCGCGUUGUUCAAGAUCCACAUCUUCAAGUUAGCGACACCUCCCUGGUUCCCCAGGUUCUUUUGCUAUCUUUCGGCGAGGGAAGCCCUCUGGAGCUCGCGCCACUGCAGGGCAUGCUGAUGCAGCAGCCUGGCCUGUGGGAUGGCAGACCCUACUACAAGCACACUCAGCAGGAGAUCUUUCUGUUGUGUUCCAUGGCCGAGGGUUGGAGGUUAGGGCCACUGCCCCUCGGAACUACAGCUCCCAGGCCUGCGCUAUUCUCACGCAGUGCUGCCGCGCUUCCCCAGGAGAUUGUGGAGCCAUGGAUGGUGCCCAGCCUGGGUCCAGGAGGUGGAGAUCAACUCCCUGGCGCUUCGGUGAGGCUUGCGCCGAUGGAUUUCGGGCCCCCGCAAACUUUGCGACACCCAAGGCACCUCGUCGUUGAAGGCGUCAAGGCUGGCGAAGGAUCCGCCAACGGAGUGUACAGACUUGCUGACGGCUGGAGCUUGAAGCCUGUGUAUCACAAGACCGAUGCCAUUCGUACUGCUUCGCUGGGGCCUGACAAAUGUGUGGAGGGUCAGAGGUAUGAUCUCUAA